CUUUGUCAGCCUAGAUGGGCCGUAAUUUGAUUGUUCCAGCCACUAAUCCAUCCCCAUAGAUUGCUCCACAGUAAGCGUGGCUACGGCGGAUGUCUCGCCGAACCUCCAUGACAGGGCGGAAUAUUUACAUCGCCCAAACUGCAGCAAUUGCUUCUGUCACCUUCAACCCUCUUUCUCUAUCUCUGGUAUUGGGUACAUUGGCUGCACCUGCACGCUGAAUAUCUAUCUCUCAAAGUUUAAAGCGCGUGGUAGCCGGCCCUACGUUUGACAGCAUAUUCUCAGGUUAUACCAAGGAUUGUGUCAACUCCUUUUACAAAAGGCCGCCGCUCGCUCAACUGCAGCUGAAAUACUGAGCAUACCACAGCUCGAAGUUUCAAGCAAGUAUGCAGAACGCUACGAGCAGCCAAGUAGUGCAGGGCGUAUCGGCUGUGCUUGCCGUUGCUGGUCUGUUGUGCUACUUCAGAGACGGGGAUUCAACCUCAUCGAAUCUGACACCAAAGGAAAUUGAAGAGCAAAUUGGGAGCUGGUUUUCAAGCAGGAACGGAUGGACGCUAUUCAGCGCGCCGGCGCUACCUCUCGGGCCCGCAAUCAGUAUACAGCAGGCUGAGAAAUUCUGCGGUGCCAAUAACCUCCGUCUCACGCGGCACCCUCACGACGGGAUGGGAACAAACGGAUGGGCCACACUCCUAAGCUUUAUCCGACCCGAUGUUUCCCUCUCUACCUCAACUACCACCAAAGGCACCACUGGCUUUGACCCCGUGACCGCCUGGUCGGACGUCCCCCUUGUCCCCCUCUCCCUCCAAGACGGCAAGCUCUGCGUCCCCAUCUCGCGCGCAACGCUCAUGACGCUGUUCGCACUCACCAACGCACGCUGUAUCUUUACCUACUCCGACGCCGCCGGCCAUCGCGCUGCCUAUCCCUCCUACGCGGGUCAGUGGGCUGUCACCUGGCCUAUCCGCGAGCAGUGCAUCGUAACUUUUGCGGCGCAUGACGGAAUGAACGCUAUGAAAGACGUUUAUCCGCCGUCGUUCCCAUUGCGUGCUGGGAAGUGCGUCGAGAUGCUGGCGGGGAUCGUGGACGAUGGUAUGGGGUGGAAAGCCGCAUUUCCUGGCAGGGCGAAGAAGCACGGCCCAUGGGUAUUGCAGGAGAGGAAGAAGGGGUUUCCGGGGGCGCAUGGGAGCCGACACUUGUAUAAUAUGGCGGGUGGGAAGUCGGCGGAGGUAGAUUUCUUGGCUCUUGCACCGGCUGGAGAUCUGAGUGCCAGCAAGGAAGACACAAAGCUCGAUGUGCAGUGUUCGGCGCCGGACAUCGAGACGGCAAGUAUAAUCGUCAAGAAACAUGAGCAGGAGCUCUUGAGGCGGGCACUGGAUUGUCUGCCUUGGACGCAUCUGUCUUGGUCGAUGCAUCGCGGUAUGAGGGAUAUUCUACUUGCCUAUGGGUCUGAGGUCAUGAAUAGCUAUCGCGAGGAGUUGGCAGGUCUGAUUGGGGACAUUGUGAGAGACAAGAAGAGUGCCUUGGUCGAAGCUGGAUGGUCUCCUGAGUUUCUACGGACGUCCAUGGCAGAAAUGGCUUCGUCAUCUGUUAUGUUUGGACGGGGAAACAGUGGAGAUCUAGUGCGGAUCGUGGCUGGUCUCGUGGAUAUCCUCGUUGAAAAUUCCGAAGGCUGCGAAUCCAUUAACAAAGAUCAAACAUCUUUCUGGAGAAGCUCUGAGAGGCCGGCGAAGUUAGAUUUAGAUGGAAUAGUGGCGCUGACGAAGUUUUUCGUCUUGGAGUGGUCGCAGGAGCUGAAUUACCAGCUCUAUCACCAGUUACCCGCUACCGUGUAUUUAUCAUAAAGAGGGGCGCUAUUAUGAGCACUCCUAUGGCUGUGUCGAUUUAACACUUCCAAACCAAGCCUGCUGUGAUGAACGAUCCCAUAACUGCUAAUUCCGUUCCAUUACGUGCCUAGCUUGCCACCCAUUUAUCCACGGCGUCCACCAUGUCGCAAUCGGAUGAGGUUCACAGCUACGGCCGCAAGGCAGACAGUGAGGUACGUUGCAGCCGAGAUGCCCUUUCUAUGUUCACAUUUUAGGCUAUGUAUAGCUGACCAAGGCGAGCAAAUUCAAGGAG